CCUUGAUCAAGAGAUCUCUAUCUCCGGCCCAUCACGUCUUCCUUAGGAUUCUCUAUCACGAACGGACUUCGUCUUCUUAUCUUCUUAUAAUUUUCGAGAGAAAAGAAUAUUUGAGCUUUCAAAACAUCCAUUUUGUGAUUUAUUUAAAGUGGACCAUCUCGUCAAUAAUGUCGGGGUAACAUCAAUUUCGUUGUUUGAAGAGGUUCACGAUGUCACCUCUCUUCGAUCGGUCAUGUUUAUAUGACUCGCUUUGCUAGCUCUCAUCUGAGAAAGACUAAUGGUAAAAUUGUCGUGAUUUCUUCAUCUGCGGCAUGGUUAUCUCUACCAAGAAUGAGCAUUUACAACGCGCAAGUGAAUAUCAUUCCUAUAGGAAAGGUAGAGGGAUGCGCAAAGGCAAUCGUGAGCGGUGCUUGUCAGGGAAAAAGGUACCUUACAGAGCCAGCAUGGUUCAAAGUGACACAAUGGUGGAAGAGGUGCCAAGCAAUGACACCGGGAAAAAUGAUUCGAAGAACCCCUUUGAAGGAGAACGUAUCGCCGGAGAACCACCAACUGAUGAAAAUUUGGUUCAGUUUGAGGUUGGCCGUUGUCGAGGGAGCUUCGAUAAGAGUGCCAAAAUACUUCCACACCUGGUUGCCAAACUUGCAGUUGUCAAGAGUAUGGUCUAAAGAGUCUUCUGCUUGCUUGCAAAGGGGACAUUGGCUAGGGAAACUUGAACCGAAGCACUUGGUUAACUCCGGGAAAGAUUCGGAUUUUAGGAGUCUUGGCCUUAUGCCAGAUGUACUUGCAAGAGAGACGGGAUGGGAUUCCACCGUAAAGAGAGAGCAGUUCAAGGAGGUGUUGGUGGCCUUGACCCCAAAUCGUGAGGUUGUGGUGGAAGACGCGACUGGUGAACCCGCAGGAGGGAAGGCUGGACCUGCGGGCUCGGGGGGAAAGAAGAAGAAGAAGGUAAGGCGGUCCCAAAAGAAAAAGGCGACCAAGCCCAACGGUAUGGCGAGGGUAGAGGACGAGUUGUUUAGAUUGGACGAGGAAGAUGGGUCGUCCUCCUUUGAGCGGGUGUCAGCCUUCAAUCGGUUGGGGGAUCCCAAAUCAAAGAAGCCCCAAACCUCAGCAUUCGAUCGGCUGCAGGACACUCGGUCAGCUCGUAAGGGAGACCUGAGAGAGACACUCAAGGACAGGAGUGUCCUCAGCAACCUCUUAGAUCGGCUCGGAAGAGCGACGAAAGGCGAUCGAGAACAAAGAAGCAGUCGAGUUAUGGAGGAUGAUCACCUCGCUCGCUUCGGGGCGAAUGUGGUUAUGUAUGCGUACCACGAAAAGAUUAAAUUCCGAUGCUUCCAUAAGUUGCCCAAAGGGUCGAUCGACAAGUGGAGCGACCUGGCUCAUAAAGUUUUGAAGCACUUUGCAUCUAGCCAAAGACAGAAGCCCUCGUUCUUGCACUUGCUCAAUGUUAAAAUCCAGAAGGGGGGGCAGCUCCGGGAAUUUAUCAACAGGUGGGAGAAGGAGGCUAGGGACGUCCAAGGGGCGGACGACCAGGCCUUGAUCACCAUGCUCCAAGCGGCACUCCCUCAAGGGGAUGUGCGUGAGGAGCUGCGACAGAAUCCGCUCUCGACCUACCAGGAGAUGCUAGCCAGGGCGAAGUAUCUGGCAUUGGAAGAAGAAGAUGACGAGCCACCCGUCCGAAGGUGGAAGAAGAGCGGACAACCAGUAGCAGAGGGAAGAAAGAGGAAGGAUUUUGGUAGGGGACCAAACCCUAUAGGAUAUCAGGGGAGCAGACAGCUUGUUCAUGCGGUACAGUCCCUGCCAGCCCCUCCCCAAAGUCGGAAAAGCUACAGCGUCCAAGACGCACCCAAGUACUGCGAAUACCAUCGUAACAGCACCCACAACACGUUGGAGUGCGUUACGCUAAAGAAGGAAAUGGACAAGUUGAUCGCUAGAGGGCCGCCUCCUCAACUAGAGCGACCAGCACCGGGGAAUCGAACCUGGAGGAGGCCAGCGGCCGCUGCUGCAGCGAUCACUACUAGGGAUGGAGAUUUGGGGUGUCAGUUCAUUAUGGGUGGCAACACCGAAGAGGACUCGGCGUCCUCACGGAAGAAGUGGAAGAACAUGGUGCACCUAGCCGAGGUGCAAAGGCCACUGCUUCCCAAGCGGAAGAAGAAGGAGCCUUUGAUUUUCACAGAUGAAGAUUACCCACAAGUUCUCAGCCCCCAUCGGGACGCGCUGGUGAUAAAGGUGGAAAUCAAUAAUGUGGUCGUCCAUCGCACGUUGGUCAAUACUAGCAGCUCGGUAAACAUCAUGUACAUCAACACCUUCAAGGAGCUGGGGUUGUCACGGGGCGACCUUAAGCCAAUCCGUACCCCGCUGUCGGGAUUCACAGGGGACACCAUAGAAGGAGAAGGAACCAUCACGGUGAAGGCUGGGGUAGGAGAUGGCACCCACCGGCUCUGGCUCGACAUGGAAUUCAUGGUAGUGCAGCUUGACUGUGCAAACCAUUUGAUCCUAGGGCGACCGGGUCUGGAGGACUUGGAGUGCGUAAUCUCCCCGUCCACCUGUGCACGGGUCGAUGAGAGUGUCAGCACGAUCUACAUCGCCAUACAGAAGGAAGAGGGGCGACCCAAAGCCGAACCGGCGGAAGAGGUGGAAGAAGUCACCCUGGACCCCACCAAGUCAGAGCAGAAGGUAAAGGUGGUGAAGAAGCUCACCCCCUACUUUCAAGCCCACCCGGUCCACGUGCUGUCCCAAAUUCCGAUCGGAACCCUCCUUCGGAGUCCAAACGCUCCGUCGCGUGUUGGAAAAUGGGGAGUGUUCCUGGGUUCUUUCCAGAUAGAAUUUAAGCCGCGACCAGCGAUCAAGGGGCAUGCCUUGGCAGACGUUAUGGUAGAAUGCACCGCAAGGGAAGUAGAGUCCAACGAAGAAGAGCCCAAGGGAAACUGGUGGACCAUGUACACCGAUGGCUCGUCCGCGACUCAUGCUUCGGGGGGAGGCGUCGUGGCAAUAUCACCAGAGGGAUUCAAGGCAUACUACUCCGUAAGAUUUCAGUUCAAGGUCUCAAACAAUGAGGCUGAGUACGAGGCGCUUCUCUACGGUUUGAGGCUGGCAGCAUCAUUGAAAGCUGAGCGGAUCCAGGUCAGGGACACCGCAUUGGAGCUGCUUAAGGCAUUUGAGGCGUACCGAAUAGAGCCGGUCUCUCGAGAAGAAAAUGCUGAGGCAGACAUUUUGUCAAAGCUCGGUCCUGAUUCCCCAGAUCAUAUCAAGGCGAUGACUCAGGAAGAAGAACUGCUUGAACCAAGCAUCAGUCUCGGACAAGUUCUGGUCAUUACCCUCAGUGUGCCGGACUGGAUUGACGAAUUAACCAUGUAUAUCCUUGACGAGUCGCUACCAACAGAUCCGGUUGCAGCCCAAUUCGUUAAGCGACGUGCACCUAGCUACAUGCUGGAGUGCGGUCGGUUGUAUAAGCGAUUGUACAAUGGUACAUUGUUAAGAACCCAGUUCGAGGCUGAGUGGUUCAAUGAGUUUCUGCAGAGUUGGGGCAUAAAACAUAGCUACACCGCGGUCGGGUACCCACAGACCAAUGGGCAGGUCGAGAAUACUAACUGUACCAUUGUGGACGGUCUAAAGAAGAAGAUAAUGGAGUGCAAAAGUGCGUGGGUAGAAGAUUUGCCUUACAUCCUAUGGACGUAUAAGACCACCCCAAGAAAAGCUACGGGAGAAACUCCGUUCGUGCUCACGUAUGGGUUCGAGGCAAGGGCUCCAGCUGAGACCUCGUUGUUAAGCUACAGAGUGGAAACGUUUGAUGCCCAAGAGAACGAAGAGAACUUAAGGGCGGAGUUACAUCUCAUAGAUACGCGAAGAGAAAGGGCAUACAUCCGAGCAGAGAACGGUGGAAAGUUUUCCAAAAGUUUUGAAGGACCAAACAUCAUUAAGGAGGUAUUAGCCGAUGGAGCCGUUAAGAUGCAAACACCAGCGGGAGGCGACGUCCCGCGAGUCGACUCAGAUAUAAAAGUUUUUAUCACCUCAGUGUAUGGUAAACACAGUUACAUUGAUAGAAGGAUACUUUGGAAGGACAUUGAGGACCACUUUGUGGAAAAUGACCUUUGGUUAGUAGCUGGGGAUUUCAAUGCUAUUCUAAGUCAUGAUGAUCAUCAAGGGCUCUCCUUACCUGACUCCCUGAGUAUGGAAGAAUUCUCACAGUGCAUGGACCUUGCCAACUUAUCCCCUAUCAAUCCUGAUUCUAAUACAUUCACCUGGACAGGCAUAAGAGGAAGAGGUCAGGUUUGGAGACGUAUUGACUGGGUCUUUGUCAAUCCACCUAUGUUGCAGCACUUUGAAAGCAUCACCCUACAGCACCUAAGCAAAACAGGUUCAGACCACUGCCCACUCUUGCUUAAAUGCUCCACUUUCAAGGAAGAUGGUCCUAAACCAUUUAGAUACAUCAAUGCUUGGGCAAACAACUCAUCCUUUUUGCCUCUCAUUGAUAAGUUCUGGAAUGACAACCCUAAUUAUGGUGGAAUGCUUGGUCUUCACCAAAAGUUCAAAAGGUUAAAAGUGGUUCUCAAGGCAUGGAACAAAGAAUCUUUUGGAAAUAUUUUCUCUAAUCUCUCUCAAGCUGAGGAGAAAGCAAAAACUGCUGAAAAUAUUUUCUCUAGUGACCCCACUUCAGCUAAUAGACAGUCUCUCUACAAAGCUCAUGCUGAGCUACAAUAUGCAAAUAUUAAUGAGCUUUCCUAUUGGAAACAAAAAUCCCAUCUUAACUGGAUGGAACUUGGAGAUAGAAACUCUAAAUUUUUCCAAUCCUAUGUUAAAGGUAGAAGACAUUUGCUGAAAAUAAGGAAAAUCAAAGGGGAAAAUGGAAGAUGUAUAGAGGACACAGAGGGAAUCAAGAAAGCAGCUGUGGAACACUUCUCAAAAGUUUUCUCAGCAACAUCUACUCAAAACAUCUCUGAAAUACUCAAAUACAUCCCUCUGUCCAUUUCUGUUGAAGACAACAACUUCUUAACUGCUCUACCAGACAAUGAGGAGGUGAAAGAUGCAGUUUGGGCUCUGAACCCAAACAGUGCCCCUGGUCCAGAUGGCUUCAAUGGAGAUUUUUUCAGGAAAACUUGGCAUAUUAUUGGCAAUGAAUUAUGUAUGGCUUCUAAAGAAUUUUUUCUUGGUAUCCCUGUCCCUACAGGUUAUGGAGCUACAUGGCCGCCCCUUAUCCCCAAAAAAGAAGAUGCAGCAUCCUUUGAAGAUUACAGGCCAAUAUCUCUAUCUACUUUCCUUAGUAAAAUAAACACCAAGAUCCUGGCUUCAAGGAAACUGAAAGUCCUUCCCAAGAUAAUCUCAGAUCAACAAAUUGCUUUUCAAAAGGGUAAGGAUAUUGCUGAUCAUAUUCUUAUGGUGGAGGAAAUGUACCAUGAGAUCAACAGGAAGGUAGAAGGAGAGUCAGAAAUCUCCUCAGGUUGUCCAACUCCAUUUCUAGCUUUCUCGAAGCUUCUGGUCAGAGGGUCAACUUACUUAAGAGUAAAUUCUACACUUACUCUAGCAUCUCCCCACAAGCACUCUCAGCUAAGGAAAGAGCAUUAAAGAUUCAACAUGAUAGAAAUCACUUAAACUAUCUUGGGGUCCCAAUUUGUAAGGGAAUUUUAAGAAAGGAAGACUGUGGCU